AGUUGGUGCGGAUUUCGGUUUUCGUCAUGUUCAAGUUGCUACUUUGCUGCCUUCUACUAACCAUCGACGGUGGAUGGGCCUUUAAUCAUGGCCAGGAUCUAGUGGACUUUCAAACGUACGAGGACAAUUUCAACAAGACCUAUCCCUCAACUUCAGCUCGCAACUUCGCGAACUACUACUUCAUCUACAACCGCAACCAGGUGGCGCAGCACAAUGCCCAGGCCGAUAGGAAUCGCACCACCUUCCGCGAGGCAGUGAAUCCAUUCUCGGACAUCCGACUCAUCCAGUUCGCAGCUCUGCUUCCCAAGGCCGUGAAUACGGUGCCCUCGGCGCCCACUGAUCCACCGACAAGUCAAGCGGGAGCCACCAGCUUUGACAUCAUCACGGAUUUCGGACUCACUGUGGCGGUGGAGGAUCAGGGCGUAAACUGUAGCAGUAGUUGGGCCUAUGCCACCGCCAAGGCCGUGGAGAUCAUUAAUGCCGUGCAGUCGGCCAAUCCGCUGCCCUCGUCCUUGUCCGCCCAGCAGCUGUUGGAUUGUGCGGGCAUGGGCACUGGAUGCAGCACCCAGACGCCUCUGGCUGCCCUCAACUAUCUGACCCAGCUGACGGAUGCGUAUCUGUAUCCGGAGGUGGACUAUCCGAAUAACAAUAGCCUGAAAACGCCGGGUAUGUGCCAGCCACCAUCCUCCGUGUCAGUGGGCGUGAAGUUGGCCGGCUAUUCCACGGUGGCCGACAACGAUGAUGCCGCCGUAAUGCGUUACGUAUCGAAUGGAUUCCCCGUCAUUGUGGAGUACAAUCCGGCUACCUUUGGAUUCAUGCAGUACUCCAGUGGUGUCUAUGUCCAGGAGACGCGUGCCCUGACCAACCCAAAGAGCUCGCAGUUCCUGGUGGUCGUGGGCUACGAUCACGACGUGGACUCCAAUCUGGACUACUGGCGCUGCCUGAACUCCUUCGGCGAAACGUGGGGCGAGGAGGGCUACAUCAGGAUCGUGCGCAGGUCCAACCAGCCAAUUGCCAAGAAUGCCGUAUUUCCCAGUGCGCUUGCCUAAAAUAGGAUUCCGAUUUUCAAGUUAAUAAACUUAAGUUUUAUGUGAAAACUCUGAUGUGAAGAUUUUGUUUCGGAUUCAGUAGAUGCUGUAAGUUUUUAAAAAACUUUAAAGUAGUAAGUAAUACGAUAAUUUGCAGUUUUUAAGACACAUUAUAAAACCAUCUUUCCAUUAAUUACCCAAACCUUAAGGAAAUUAAGUAACAGAUUUAGGAAUAUCUAUAAUACCACUAUGAUGAUACCUCAAGAUUUUGACUAUCUAUAUCUAUGAUAGUUCAUAGCUUUUAAGGAACGAACAUAGACCAUCCAAGAAACAGAUUUGGGUAUAUAUCAAAUAAAGAUAGGAUGAUUCAUCGA